CGGCGGGCGGCGCCGCGCGCGGGUGUCCUGCCGCUUCCGUCUGUCCGGCAGGUCCGCCUCUGGCGCGCUCGCCCCCUGACUCUUGGCGGACGCCGCGUCUCCCGCCUGCCCGCUGGCCGGUCAGCGCGCCGGGCCCGGUUUCCGCUGCCUGCCUGGGACCGCUUACUCUCAAUCCAGGUGUGGUUUCCACUACUGGAGCAUGAAACAUGACUGAGGACUCGCAGAGAAACUUUCGUUCAGUAUAUUAUGAGAAAGUGGGGUUUCGUGGAGUUGAAGAAAAGAAAUCAUUAGAAAUUCUCCUAAAAGAUGACCGUCUGGAUAUUGAGAAACUUUGUACUUUUAGUCAGAGGUUCCCUCUCCCGUCCAUGUACCGUGCAUUGGUAUGGAAGGUGCUUCUAGGGAUCCUGCCUCCACACCACGAGUCCCAUGCCCAGGUGAUGAUGUAUCGCAAGGAGCAGUACUCUGAUGUCCUUCAUGCCCUGAAAGUCAUUCGCUUUGUCAGUGAUGCCACACCCCAGGUUGAAGUCUUUCUCCGCAUGUAUCAGCUGGAGUCUGGGAAGUUGCCUCGAAGUCCCUCCUUUCCACUGGAAUACCACAGAAGUGUGAUACUUAUUUCUGUUGCUGCUGACUUUGAUCACUUGGUUAAGGUGGUAGCUGCCGGGUUUCUCCCAUAUAAGGAGCCAGAAGAUGAAGUAUUUCUUGCCAUAGCUAAAGCCAUGGAAGAGAUGGUGGAAGAUAGUGUCGACUGUUACUGGAUCAUCCGAUGCUUUGUGAACCAAUUAAAUAGCAAGUACCGGGAUUCCUUACCCCAGUUGCCAAAGGCCUUUGAACAAUACUUGAAUCUGGAAGAUAGCAGACUGCUGAGUCACCUGAAGACAUGUUCUGCAGUGUCCAAACUUCCUUAUGAUCUCUGGUUCAAGAGGUGCUUCGCAGGGUGCUUGCCUGAGUCCAGUUUACAGAGGGUUUGGGAUAAAGUUGUAAGUGGAUCCUGUAAGAUCCUAGUUUUUGUAGCUGUGGAAAUUUUAUUAACCUUUAAAAUAAAAGUAAUGGCACUGAACAGUGCAGAGAAGAUAACAAAGUUUCUGGAAAAUAUUCCCCAGGACAGCUCGGACGCGAUUGUGAGCAAGGCCAUCGACUUAUGGCACAAGCACUGUGGGACCCCGGUGCAUUCAGCCUGAACACUCCUGAUGGCUGUGGACGGUCUCCAGGCCCGCCCUGAACUUUCUGUUCUUGGGACCCAGGCUACUACACUGAUUGAAAGUAGAGUUCUUGCUUUGGUGCUCAAGGUGUAAUUUUUUUCCAGUAAAAUUAUUUAAUUAAGAUA